AUGAUGAAAAUAUGGUCUAUGAAGAAGCAGCAGCAGCAGGACGAGGCUGCAGCAGCUGCCUCGAGCAAGAAGAAGAAGGUCACCCCAGCCCAGUUACGCACACAGAAAGAUCUCGAAGAGUUAUCCCUUGGUACAACAAUGAAGACGCACUUCCCUAACCCCGACGAUAUCCUUAACUUCGAGCUCACAAUCGACCCCGACGAGGGCAUGUACAAGGGCGGACGCUUCAGGUUCGACUUCAAGAUCAACCAGAACUUCCCUCACGACCCGCCAAAAGUCAAGUGCACACAGAAGAUUUACCACCCGAACAUCGACCUUGAGGGAAACGUCUGCUUGAACAUUCUGCGAGAAGACUGGAAGCCGGUGUUGAACUUGAAUGCGGUUGUUGUUGGGUUACAAUUCCUGUUCCUUGAGCCAAACGCGUCGGACCCGCUGAACAAGGAGGCUGCGGAGGAUCUCAAGCAGAACCGAGAGGGCUUCAAGCGCAAUGUGCGCGCAUCGCUCGGCGGUGGAACUGUCAAGGGACAGAGCUUUGAUCGCGUGCUCAAAUGA